AUGAGGAGGCAAUAUUCAGCAUCUCUUUUUCUUCUCAUGGCGUCACUGCUCUUGGCGGUAUCAUUAACGGAAGACACAAGAGAGGCAGCAACAGCGUCAUCUGAAGGUGGAAUAAAGUUCCCUUUAUGGCCAACGAGGCACGUGAGAAUCACGAACGACCUGGGGAAGGGUCGCGUUUUGAAGAUUCACUGCAAAUCCAAGAACGAUGAUCUGGGAGUGCACAACCUCUCGUUUCAAAGCACAUAUCAAUGGAAGUUCAGGAGCAACAUAUUUCUGAGGGUGACGUUGUUUUAUUGCUACAUGUGGUGGGGGAAAGUGGAGGGAAGUUUUAAUGUGUACGAAGCAGCGAGAGACGAUAAGAAGUGCGAGGACUGCAAGUGGAGCAUCAGAACUGACGGUGCUUACUGGUUCGAUCCUCAAAAUGGCCACUGGAAUCUCUUGUAUCGAUGGCCUAAAACCUAG